AUGGUUAGCAACACCUCUACUGGAGACAAGAUGGAAUCUUCUUUUCCAACUGUGUUCCCCCAAACAAGUGGAACCUUUAAUGCCCCUUUGACAGAGACAGAGCUUCAUAAACUUUUAAUUGAUGAAAAAAUGCGAUGUGAAGACCACAAGACCAACUAUCAGACUCUAAAGGCUGAGCACACCAGGUUGCAAGCCGAUCAUAUAAAGUCUCAAAAUGAAUGUAAGCAGUUUGCUGCUGAGGUUCGAAACACACAUGAAAAAUAUAAACUUCUCAUGGAGGAAUUGCGUGGAGAACUGUUAGAAAAGACACGUGAAAUCGAGGAGCUAAAGCUACAAGUGCUCUCACCUCAGAAACUAGACCUUAUAAAAAUUCAAAUACAGCAAGAAAUAGAAGCUCCUAUGCGGCAACAUUGUCAAAAAUUGUCUGAAAUGCUGAAAAAAUAUCGUGGAGACUACAACAGACUGCGUUAUGAAGCAAGUAUUCUUGCAGCUCAGAUUGAGCAACAAAAAGAAGAGCAGAUACGUGUUUUAGCAGAGCUGAAGAUCAAGUAUGAAGCUGAGAUCUCACACCUGGAAAAAGAUAAAGAGGAACUUCAUAAUCAGAUAAUAAGCAUUGAUCCCACAAGAGAUAGCAAACGCGUGGAGGCUCUUUUGGCAGAAAAAGUCCAAUUAUGCCAAACUAUAAAAGAUUUAAGGGCUGAGGUGACAGAACUUCGAGCAGCAAGAGACCACUAUGGAUCACAAGCAGAAAAUGUACAGAGAUCACAAAAGCAGCUGUUUACUGAGACCCAGGCAUCUAUACGAUCCCUUGAGGCAGAGAAGCAGUCUUUGAAGCUGAGCCUUGAACGGCUGGAAAAUGAGCUUCACUCGACUACAGAACAAAAUGACAUUUUAAAUAAGAAACUGCUGGAAGCUGAAAGAAAGGCUCAUACACUCACUAGCAAAAUUGAUAAACUAAAGCAUUCCCACAACAUUGAAAUUACCAACAUAAAAUUAGAAGCUGCCAGAGCAAAGAAUGAAGCUGAGAAAGAUAAAGACAAAAUUCAAAAUCAGCUGGAAGAAUUAGAAACAGAAAAUGGGAUUCUGAAAGCAACUCUAGAACGCCAAAAGGAGCUACUGGCUGAGAGAGAGCGUGAACUGAUACGUAAAGUGCAAGCUGCCAAAGAAGCAGGCCUACAGGAAACUGCUACAAUCCUGGCUGAAAGGCUGGAGCUAGAAAACAGAGUAACUGAAUUGGAGAAGUAUAAAGAGGAUCAGGACCACCAUAACCACACAGAAAUAAAUCAACUCAAAGAAAAGGUUCAGAUUGCUCAGUUAGCAGAGGAAUCUGCCAGAAAGGAACUUCAGAAUUUAAGAUCUAAACUCCAGCAACAGGUGUCCUAUGCAGAACAGAUAAAGAAAGAAGUCCAUGAUGCAGCAGAGCUCAGACAAGAAAUGAAGCACUUACAAAUUCAAAUAGCAUCUUUAUCAGAGUCUGAAAAUAAUUUGCUGCGUGCUAAUGAGAAACUGAGAGAAAAGGUAGAACAUCUUCAACAGGAAAAUCGCAGUGCUAGAAGCCAGGCGGAAAAGGCUCAGCAUGAUGCAGAAAAAGAACUUGAGGGAAAUAGAAUUGAAUGGCUACAAGAAAAACAUAAACUACAGGAGAACCUGUCUCAGAUAGAAGAAAAAUACAAGGAAUUAAAAGACAAAUUGCACCGAGCUGCUGUAGCUCAAAAAAAGAGAAAAAACAUAAACGACAACAAGUGUAAAAGACUACAAGAAAAGAUAGAAAUUUUGGAGGCAAAAAAGGAAGAAUUGGAGACGGAAAAAUCUGUAUUAAAUAGACAAAACAUUCCUCAAGAAGAGUAUGUACGUCUUCAGAAAAGGCUAAAGGACCUCCAGCGGAGACACAAUGAAUUUCGCACUGUAAUACUUGGACCAAACAUUGCCACAUCUGGCUUUCUGAAUCCAGCUAGUUACCUAUCUUCCACAUUGGUUCCAGGUGCUGAGUUUUCAGUGCAUGGUGUUCAGGAGGAACAGCAUCAAAGAGAGCUUUCUAUGCUUCGAAAUAGACUGGAGGAAUUGGAAAUUGCACAAAUGAAACAAUUAGAAGAACUUACUCCACCUACAGAGCGCAGUAAGGUAGAGAUUGGAGGCUUGGGACAUCAGCGCAGGAGAACAGAAGAGGACGAGAAUAGCGGCUCGGGUUAG